AUGAUCUCGUUGUUUUCUUCCGUUGGCGAUGGUUCUGUUGAUGGUAUCUUUGGUUUCAACGUCGUCAUCGUCUGUUUUGGAAGCUUCCUUGCCGGCCUUGUUGAGCAGCUUGGACAGCGAGUUCAGGAUCGUGGCGUAUGCGCUCGAGACGUCAAUGGUGGAGUACUCGAUCAGAAUUCCAAUACCGUAAGCGGCAGAGCCUCUAACCUCGGACGACUUGUCGUUGGCCAGUCUGUCGAUGAAGAUCUCCAACAGUUCCUGCGUGUACGGGUUGCUGCUUUUGAUGCCGUUACAGAUCUCUGCAACGCAUCCAACGGUGGAAACACGCUUGUUCUUGACCUUGGAUUUGACCUGGGCCAGAACAACGUCUUUGAACGAGCUAAAGAUACGCACAAAGUCGGCGCCGAAAGCGUCGGCCAGACUCACCAAAACUUCGAGCGCAGAGUCGUAGAUCACGGCUUCGGUCUCGGUGGUGUCGACCUCGUCGUCCGGAACAUCGUCGUCAGGCUGGCUCAAACAAAGAUGCUCAUUUUUGAUGAUAAGCAUCAGUUGGGUACACAGAGACUCCAGCUGCGACGAGUCGGUUCCGUCCAUGAUGGCAACCUUACCCAUGGAUUUGGACUUGACGUACUCGUACAACGAGUCAAUACAGGUCAUAACCAUGUGCACGUCGAACUCCUCGGGCAAAAUACCGAUGGUGAUGCUUCUGACAGUUCUGAUCAGUUCCAGCACCUUGUCGUUCAGUCCGUGGGCCUCAAACAUGCAGUAAGCAAUCUUCCACAUGGUGGAAAGCGAGGCCUCUCUCACGGCGUACGACUCCUCGAUCUGAUCGGCGAGAAUCUUCAUUGUCUCCUCAACGUAGUUGGUGAAACCGGCCUUGGUUCCAACAGCCAGAGAGCUCAAGGCCACCAAAGCGACCUCCUUCUCGACCGUGACACCGGUGUGGACGUUCAACUUCUCGGCAACAUCAGCCUCGUCGGCGUUCUCGUCGUCAGAUUCGAAGUUGAAGUCGAACUCCUCCUGUUGUAG